AUUGACUUACUUAAUUGCCAACCUACCUAUCAACCAUGUUUGCCCUCUCAUCCAUCCACCCCCCGCGAACCCCACCCAGAUCCCACAACGCUCGCCACGAACCCCAAUACCUCAUCCAUCGACUACACACCGCAUCCCGAAACUUCAAUCCCGCUCUCGGCAUCUAGACAGAAGAUUUUGACUUCGAUAUGUGCGCUGUAUUCCGGCAGUGCGAGUCAGGAGGAUAUGCAAGUGUAUGCUGAGAAGGCGGUUUAUGAUGAUCCGUGGAGUUUUUGUGAUGAUCGUUUCAAGAUUGCGGGGCAGUGGUAUGGGAUUCCUAAAAUCAUGGGCACCUCAAAGACUCUGGCAACAGAAGUCGUAUCCAGCACAGACAAAGAGAUUGUGUUCAAGCUGCAACAGGAAUAUAGGCCGAAACUCAUGCCGACAGGAAAAGCGGUGAAUAGUCUAGUAAGUCUUGCGUUAAAAAAGGAAGGAGGGGAUGAGAAGGUGGUGUAUCAUAAGGAUAUGUGGAAUGAGAAGGAUUAUAGCCAUGAGGGGUUGGGGAAGGUGAUGAAGACACUGAAUGGGGACUAUUUGACGGGGAUUACGAGGCCUCCAAAGGAGUUGAAGCCAAAAGACUAA